AUGCUUACCGUGAAGGGGAGCAGCACGCAGCGGCAGAUUCUUAUCCGAGAGGAAGACAUACGCAGUGUUCUUAAUGCAGUUCGCGAUGUGUUCAUGUCUCAGCCAAUGCUGCUGGAAAUCAGGUCACCGGUGCGUAUUUGCGGUGAUACCCACGGACAGUACUACGAUCUGAUGCGCAUAUUUGAGAAGUGUGGGUUUCCGCCGUAUUCAAACUACUUGUUCCUUGGGGACUACGUGGACCGCGGCAAGCACAGCGUGGAGACGAUCACCCUUCUGUACUGCUACAAGAUUGUGUACCCCGAGAACUUCUUUCUGCUGCGCGGCAACCACGAGUGCGCCAGCAUCAAUAAGAUGUAUGGUUUUUUUGACGACGUGAAACGCCGGUACAACGUCAAGUUGUUCAGGGCAUUUACAGACGUGUUCAACACGAUGCCUGUGUGCUGCGUGGUGAGUGAGAAGAUCAUUUGCAUGCACGGUGGACUGAGUCCUGACCUGACUUCGCUCGCCACCGUGAACGAAAUAGGGCGCCCGUGUGAUGUACCCGACAAGGGCAUUCUAUGUGAUCUUCUCUGGGCCGACCCCGAGGACGAAGUGAAAGGGUUUCUGGAGAGUGAUCGGGGCGUAAGCUACCUGUUCGGCGAGGACAUUGUGAGCGACUUUCUAGACAUGGUGGACAUGGACCUCGUGGUACGUGCGCACCAGGUGAUGGAGCGUGGAUACGGGUUUUUUGCCAAUCGACAGCUAGUGACGAUCUUUUCGGCUCCGAACUACUGUGGCGAGUUUGACAAUGAUGCAGCCGUGAUGAAUGUAGAUGAAAAGCUGCAGUGCUCGUUUCUCAUUGUUCCAGCGAACAAUUAA